GGGUUCGAGACUCAACUUCUCUGGAUAUUCACCGCUCUCCUCCUGCACCUUGACGCUCAGUCCUUUCGAGUCAUGUCCGCAUUCACCAAAGUCCUGUCCCCCGCUCUCCGGGAAAUACGAAUUCUCUGCUCGCAGACGGGGAGUGCUUCGGAAGGCACGAGGCAAUUCAUCAAGUCGACGUACCCCGUGAUUAAGCAGCACAAUCCGGACCUGCCGGUGUUGAUUCGGGAGGCGCAGGGGACGCCUGCGAGGGUGUUUGCGCGGUUCGAAAAGGGCGUGGAGAAGCAUGUGGAAGUAGACAACCUUCCGUCAAAAGAGGUGGCGUCGAAAGUUGCGCAGCUACUGAGUGUCUAAUGCGGAGAUGUCUCUUGGGCAAUGGAUGAUGACUUUGGCGUGUCGAUUGCCGCGGACGGACAGACGAGUGAGCGAAAUGUAAUCCGGGGCUUAUCUCAGGUGAAGUCGGCUGAGUGGGUGAACUUCACCUCGGC